UGAGGCUAAAACGAGCUCACCCAGCUCAGCGAACGAGCGAAUAGGCCAUCAGGGAAUCGCAUCGCUGCCAGCGCACGUGCUGCGUCACGCCAGGCGAGUUUCGCGGCGAACGACGCCGUCGCUGCGCUGUUUCAGUACACAGCCCCAGCAAAGCGAAGCCAUGGACGCGACGAAGAAGCAAAAAAAGAAGAAGCGCAAGCGCCCGCACCAAAAGCACGCCGGCGCCGCAUCCUUAGCGAAGCGCUACCCCUUCGCGACGGACUUUUGUGAUCACUUCGAGACGCCGCGCCAGGCCUACGCCGACGUCGCGCCGGCCCUUGAUGCCUUAGUAGCGAAGAGCCGCGCAGAAACGCGCAUCUAUGACCCCUACUACUGCGACGGCGCGGUCAAGAGGCAUCUAAGGGAGCUCGGCUUUACGAACGCGAAAAACGACAACCUCGACUUCUACGCCUCAAAGGCCUACAGGGACCCAGCAAACACGACGCACGAUGUUGUCGUGACGAACCCGCCCUUCUCCGAGGACCACAAGGAGCGGUGCCUGCGGUGGGCGCUCGCGACGCGCAAGCCGUUCGCGUUGUUACUGCCUGCCUACGUCGUCGAGCGGCGCUGGUUCCGCGAGGCGUUUGGCGACGAAGCGAGGCCGUUCUUCGUCGCGCCGCGGGAGCGCUACGGCUUCGACCACCCGCUCGGCGCCGGCGCGGACGCGUCGCCGUUUUUUUCGGUGUGGGUCGUCGACUCGGGCCGGGGCGCCGCGGCGACGGCGUCAAUUGGAUCGACGCUCUCCGACAACGUCUUCGCCGACGUCGACGCGCUGCGCCGCGCGGGCCACGUCCGCGCCGAGGCCAAAAGGCCGAACCCGAAGCGGCGGCGGAAGCAGCUCGCGCGGCGCGCUGGCGGCGUGGAGUGAGUCACGGUUUUGUUUAAUGUGGUUUGUUUAA